CCAUCCACUGUUGGUCCGUCAGUGGAGGAAGGGGAGUGGGAGCCGAACUGAAGCGGGGUCGGCGAACCCGCACUCUGCCUCCCAUGAAAACUACCGCAAAACCCAGCUGAAAACCCCCCGGCCGAACCAUCAGAUUCCGCAGCCGCCGCGGAAGCUGGAGUUCGCGUAGGAGGCGGUGCCUGCUGUUCAGUCCCGCCACCGCUGCUCUGGCCAUCCGUGACCGGCCACCACCGGCUUCUCCGACGAACGAGCCCGCUCGCCGCCGGCUUCUCCGGCCGCUGCGCUCGCCCGGCGUCCGACCGCCGUCGUCGUCCCCGAGCAGAGCCACUAGCCGGGAUUGGUCUAGCCCAUCCAGAUCCGGCAAGAUCUGGUCGCCGCCGCCGUGGAGUGCAGCCUCCACGGGCGAUUUAGGCAAAGCAACGAGGAUAAGCCAUGGCUGUGAAGGGGAGCUCCGUCGACAACAGGACCAGGAGCACGGUGUCCCUGUGCAUAGUGAUUGGCAUGUGCUGCUUCUUCUACAUCCUUGGUGCGUGGCGGAAGAGCGGGUUCGGGAAGGGGGACGGCAUCGCGCUGGAGAUCACGAAGCGCACGGACUGCACCAUCUUGCCGAAUCUUAGCUUCUAUUCUCACCAGUCUAAAGCCGGCAGGUCUAGUGAUCUUGUUUCGCCGGUGAAGAAGUUCAAGCCCUGCCCGGAUCGCUACACGGAUUAUACCCCUUGCCAAGAUCAGAAUAGGGCGAUGAAGUUCCCUCGGGAGAAUAUGAAUUACAGAGAGCGGCAUUGCCCGCCGCAGAAAGAAAAUAUGCGCUGUUUGAUACCACCGCCGAAGGGAUAUGUAACCCCGUUCCCAUGGCCGAAGAGCCGGGACUAUGUUCCAUUUGCGAAUUGCCCAUAUAAGAGCUUGACAGUCGAGAAAGCCAUCCAGAAUUGGGUUCAAUACGAGGGCAAUGUGUUCAGAUUCCCCGGUGGAGGGACUCAGUUUCCUGAAGGAGCAGAUAAGUACAUCGAUCAGCUGGCAUCAGUUAUUCCGAUUGCAAAUGGAACUGUCAGGACUGCACUUGACACUGGUUGCGGGGUGGCUAGCUGGGGAGCCUAUUUGUUGAAGAGGAAUGUCUUGGCCAUGUCGUUUGCACCAAGAGAUUCACAUGAGGCACAAGUGCAGUUUGCUCUGGAGAGAGGCGUUCCAGCUGUUAUUGGUGUUCUUGGUACAAUAAAACUUCCUUAUCCAUCGAGGGCCUUUGAUAUGGCCCAUUGCUCCAGGUGCCUGAUUCCAUGGGGAGCAAACGACGGAAUCUACAUGAUGGAAGUUGAUAGGGUUCUAAGGCCUGGUGGCUACUGGGUUCUGUCUGGUCCUCCAAUUAAUUGGAAGGUGCACUACAAGGGUUGGCAGCGCACAAAGAAGGAUCUCGAGGCAGAGCAGAGCAGAAUAGAGGAAAUUGCUGACCUUCUAUGUUGGGAAAAAGUCUCAGAGAAGGGUGACAUGGCAAUAUGGAGGAAAAGGGUAAACACGGAGUCUUGUCCUUCUAGGCAAGACGAAUCCACUGUGCAGAUGUGUGAAUCAACAAACCCAGAUGAUGUCUGGUACACGAAGAUGAAGGCCUGUGUGACACCCCUUCCAGAUGUAAAAGAUCAAAGUGAAGUAGCUGGAGGAACAAUCAAACCUUUCCCAGGCAGGCUCAAUGCAAUUCCUCCAAGAAUUGCAAAUAGUUUGAUUCCAGGGGUUUCAUCUCAGGCCUUUCAAAAAGACAAUAAAAUGUGGAAGAAGCAUGUGAAGGCUUAUAGCACCGUGAACAAGUAUCUACUUACUGGAAGAUACAGAAAUAUUAUGGACAUGAAUGCAGGUUUUGGAGGAUUCGCUGCCGCUAUAGAGUCCCCAAAAUCUUGGGUGAUGAAUGUUGUGCCGACUAAUGCGAAGAUGUCAACCCUAGGGGCUGUUUAUGAGCGAGGACUGAUUGGCAUAUACCAUGACUGGUGUGAGGCUUUCUCUACUUAUCCAAGGACUUAUGAUCUUAUCCAUGCUAGCGGUCUUUUCACGUUGUAUAAAAACAAGUGCAGCAUGGAAGACAUUCUCCUGGAGAUGGACCGCAUCUUGAGGCCAGAAGGCGCCGUCAUAAUGCGGGAUGAUGUCGAUGUCUUGACGAAGGUGAAUAGGCUUGCUCGGGGCAUCAGAUGGAACACGAAAUUGGUGGAUCAUGAGGACGGCCCCCUCAUGCGUGAGAAGAUCUUGUAUGCCGUGAAGCAGUAUUGGGUUGGUGGAAACCAGACGGCUGCAGCUUGAAGCAAGCACAUUCCGAGUUUCUAACACAGGGAAUUCUGCAAUCCAACCUUGACCUGACGAGCAUGAAUGAGCUUAGGUAGUCAUCCUGUGGCAAGGGAAAUGACCUACCCUUGUAGGGGUAGCACUGAAGCUGCAAGGAUACCGUGCUUGCUGGUGAUGGUUGCAGAAUGUUGUGACAAUUUUGUAAUUUCAUUUGUCGCUCUCAAGUGUCAACUGGAUACUCUGUUUAAAAGCCAGCGUAUUUCGAAAAUUUCUUACACGGAUCUCCAUACUGCUCUAGGAGGUGUAGCUUCUGAAGUUCAUUUUGUAAUAAGUGAUCUACUCAGCAAGAA